AUGGGCAAAGACACUAUUGCUGAUUUACUAACCUCUAUAAGAAACGCGGACAUGAAUAAAAAAGCAACAGUUCGAGUAGUAUCUACAAAUAUUACUGAAAACAUUGUAAAAAUACUUCUACGAGAGGGUUUUAUUGAAAGUGUUCGGAAACAUCAGGAACGUAACAGAUAUUUCUUGGUUUUAACUUUGCGACAUCAAAAGAGAAAGACUAGAAAAGGAAUAUAUAGAACAAGAACUUUUUUAAAGCGUAUCAGCCGACCCGGCUUACGAAUUUAUACCAACUAUCAAGGAAUUCCUAAAGUUUUGGGUGGAAUGGGAAUUGCUAUUCUUUCUACUUCUCGAGGGAUAAUGACAGAUCGAGAGGCUCGACUAAACAGAAUUGGGGGAGAAGUCUUAUGUUAUAUAUGGUAA